AGCGGAGACAGAAAAGACACAAGCAAUCAUGUCCCUUUCAGCUUUGAUUAAGUAUUUGGAGUUGCUGUCAGAUGAAGAAAACUUUGGUCAGUUCAGCUUGUCCCUGUUUGAUUUGAGUCAGUACAUGAAGCUGGAUGCUGCAGCUGUGAGGGCCUUGAAUCUAUUGCCCAGCACUGUGGAAGGUGGAAAUAAGAACCAGAGUAUACUUGGAUUACUAAAUAAGUGUAAAACAGCUCAAGGUCAAAGGUUACUGUCUCAGUGGGUCAAACAACCCCUUGUGGAUCUGAAUAAAAUUGAGGAGCGUCUAAAUGUGGUACAAGUGUUUGUAGAAGAUACAGAACUAAGACAGACUUUACAGGAUGAACAAUUAAGAAAAAUUCCAGAUUUCCAGAGGUUAGCUAAAAAGUUUCAGAGAAAGAGAGCUACAUUACAGGAUUGCUACAGGGUAUACCAGGCCUUAGACAAGAUGCCAUAUCUUCUGGAGGUAUUGGAGAAACAUGAAGGAGAGCACCAGUCAUUACUUAUGGAGCUAUUCACUAACCCAGCAAAGGAAUUAUUGAUGGACUUUGCCAAGUUCCAGGAAAUGAUUGAAACAACCAUGGACCUUGCCCAAGUAGAAAACCAUGAUUUUGUUAUCAAAGCUGAUUUUGAUGAAGGCCUUGCAGCCCUCAGAGAAAAAAUUGAUGAGCUUGAAGAUGGUAUCAAAGGCCAGAUGAAUAAGGUGGCAAGAGAUUUGGGAGUCGAACCAAAUAAAGUCCUCAAGCUUGAGAGCAACAGCCAGCUGGGAUACUUUUUCAGAGUCACACGCAAGGAAGAAAAGGCGCUGCGGAACAACAAAAACUACAUGACAAUUGACACAAAGAAGGAUGGUGUUCGUUUCCAUAACAAUGCUGUUCGCCGCAUGAAUGAGGAAUACCUGAAGGCAAAGGAAGACUAUAAUGAGCAACAAAAGAGUGUGGUGUUGGAGAUCAUUACUAUAGCAGCGGGAUAUGUAGAACCAAUGUUACUGCUGAAUGACAUCAUCGCCCAGUUAGAUGUACUUGUGAGUUUUGCCCAUGUUGCUGUGUCUGCACCUGUUGCUUAUGUACGACCUAAUCUAUUAGCCAAAGGAAGUGGUGUAAUUCAGCUGACAGAGGCUAGACACCCUUGUUUGGAAAUGCAGGAUGAUGUUGCAUUUAUACCUAAUGAUGCUAGUUUUGCAAAAGACAAACAGAUGUUCCAUAUCAUAACUGGUCCAAAUAUGGGAGGAAAAUCAACCUACAUCCGCUCUGUAGGAGUAGUAGUACUGCUGGCACAGAUGGGCUGCUAUAUUCCUUGUGCUGAGGGAGAGAUCACUAUUGUUGACAGCAUACUUGCACGUGUAGGAGCAGGUGACAGUCAGCUAAAAGGAGUUUCUACAUUCAUGGCAGAGAUGUUGGAGACUGCCUCAAUCCUCAGGUCUGCAACAGAAGAUUCCUUGAUUAUCAUAGAUGAGUUAGGAAGAGGAACGUCCACCUAUGAUGGGUUUGGUCUGGCAUGGGCUAUUUCUGAACACAUUGCAACCAAAAUUAAGGCCUUUUGUCUGUUCGCUACUCAUUUUCAUGAGUUAACAGCACUGUCAGAUGUUGUUCCUACUGUCAACAACCUUCAUGUGACUGCCCUGACAACCAACGACACUCUCACUUUGCUGUACAGGGUCAAGCCAGGUGUGUGUGAUCAGAGCUUUGGUAUCCAUGUGGCAGAGUUGGCUCAUUUCCCUAAGAAUGUUAUAGAGUUUGCCAAGAACAAAGCAAGUGAGCUCGAAGAUUUUCAGAAUGUCUGUCUGUCAGGUACAGACUUGGAAGGUGAUUCAGAACCAGCUGUCAAGAAACGCAAACUUGUAAAAGAGGAAGGUGAGGAGAUCAUCAAAGAUUUUCUAUCAAAAGUGAAAAAAUUGCCACUAUCCAGUUUAUCCCCUGAAGAUGCUAUCACAGAACUCAACAAGCUAAAGGCCUGUGUAAAGGAGAAGAAUAACCCUUAUGUUGAGGAUGUGAUUUCAAGAGGCAAGUGAGACAAUCACAGUAUGUAUGUGUAAUGGAGAAAUUUUUAUCAUAAACCAACAUCAUUUGAGAUGGCUGUUCUUUACAGUGAAAGAUGGAAUGCGGAUGAACUCAAGCAGAAAAUGAGACACUUGCCUUCAUGCUGUAAGUGUAAUGAAGAAAGUUGUGUCUUAAUCCAGUGAGGUGGCUGUCAUGCACUUAGGAAGGUGAAGCAGAUAUAUCUGCAGUGCUGACAGAGGCACUGCUUUUGCCCAUUA